CAGUGAUCACCUACAGAUCUUUGGUUUGAACACAUAAUUUAGCUUGCUCUCAAGCGAUGUGACUGGUUGAUCAAUGCAAACUAACGUUAGGCUGCUGGCACACUAAGCUACUAUUCGAAACUGUUUUAGUUCUGGGAUCUAAUAACAACUUAUGCUGCAGAGAAGACAUGGGUAACAGCGAUUUCUAUGGAUAAAUAUCCCGCUGGAUUCAAGGAGGGCCUUCUGAUUCCAAAUAAGGCUGAAGUAAUUUACAGGGGAUUUUAUUUACUGAUCUUGUGGAUUAAGUUUUCUAAUAUUCACGUUGAGAAGAAAGCCUGAAUACCAAUACUGUCAUUAGACAUGGCCAACAACAUGAAAUCACGAAGCGAGGAUGAGGACGAUGAACGUCACUCCACAGACCCUGACUGCAGGGACACAAAGAACUCCAAGAAGACGUCAGGGAAAAUCAAAUGGUCAAGGGAAGAGGACGAGAGACUUAAGAAGCUAGUGGAGCAGCAUGGGACCGACACCUGGAGGUUAAUUGCUAAUUACUUCCCAAACAGGACAGAUGGCCAGUGUCAGCACCGCUGGCAGAAGGUACUCAACCCCGAGCUGGUGAAAGGACCCUGGACAAAGGAGGAGGAUCAAAGAGUGAUUGAGCUGGUCCACAAAUAUGGACCCAAACGCUGGUCGGUCAUUGCCAAGCACUUGCAGGGGCGCAUUGGCAAACAGUGCCGAGAGCGCUGGCACAACCACCUCAACCCGGAUGUGAAGAAGUCCUCCUGGACGCAAGAGGAGGACUGCAUCAUCUACGACGCACACAAGCGCCUGGGCAACCGCUGGGCAGAAAUCUCCAAACUGCUUCCCGGAAGGACGGACAACUCCAUCAAGAAUCACUGGAACUCCACCAUGAAGAGAAAGGUGGAGCACGAGGGCUACCUGCAGUACAGCUGCCGGACGUACGGCUCCGACCAAUCCCAGAAGAGGCGGCACAAGACCUGCUCCUCGGGGGAGCGCCUGCACGACCAGAGCCCCAUGGCCAUGAGUGGGCCAGCACAGCACGGAGGAUACUCCUAUGAUUCCCUGAGUAGUCAGUGUCUGGACAGCAUCGCGGAGGGCUCGAGCUUCAUGUCGCCGUGCCCUGACGACCCUCACAAAGAGCAGAGAAUAAAGGAGCUAGAGCUGCUGCUUAUGUCAGCAGAGAACGAAGUCAGAAGACAGUCCGGCUCUCGUAAUCCAGAGCAGUAUUCCAGCUGGUCAGACAGCCUGACGGAUGACACCAUGACGACCACCGGAAGCCUGGAAGAUGGGAGCAUGGAGAUGUGCCGAUCGGACGAGGGAGGGAGAGGGUCCGGAAUGUCACAUUACAUUUCCCCAAGCAAAUUUCUGGCAGUGGAGGCUAGCGCCGUCCUCUCCACCCUGCAGACCAUUCCGGAGUUCGCCGAGACCAUGGAACUCAUCGACUCGAUGUGUUUUGCAUUGCAGGACCCAGGAGCCUGGAGUGAGGUGGCCAGCUUUGACCUCUCCGAUGGGGCUACCCCUCCCAAACACCUCCACCGACCCUACCACCCCUCAGACAGAGGUCAUGCGGGUAUGGGGUACCACCUGGACACCCCUUCUGCCCCUGACAUGGGCAAGCACUGCACCAGCCAGGGCAAGCUGGUCCCUCACGGCUCCCCCAACAUGGGCGGGUUUGGCACCCCGACGUCAUUCGUGAGAAAGAAGAGGAAGGAGAGGGGGGACCAGUCCCCCACGGGGGAGCAUAUCUCACCCAAGGGCACGCCUGUCAAGGCCCUGCCCUUCUCCCCAUCACAGUUCUUCAACAUAUCAGGGGGAGAGAACUUAAGCAUGGACAAUCCUGCACUUACAUCAACGCCAGUAUGUGGUCAGAAGUGCUUCCUGAACACACCCCAGCAGAAAGAGACCACCCCCAAACACCAGAAGGAAAAUGCUGGUUUCAGAACCCCUAAGGUGCGUAAAUCUAUCAUGGGACACACGCCGAGGACUCCCACCCCCUUCAAAAAUGCCCUGGCUGCCCAGGAGAAGAUGCACGGGCCGCUAAAGAUGGUGCCUCAGCCCUUGGCUUUCCUGGAAGAGGACAUCCGUGAGGUCUUGAAGGAGGAGACGGGUGCUGACAUCUUCACCCAAUCAGAGAUGCGUUCGGAGUACGGUGCCUGGAAACAUGAGCUGGAAGCGCCUGCUAGAAAGGUCCGGAAGUCUCUGGUGCUGGACUCCUGGGGGAAAGACUGCCUCAAUGUCCAACUCUUCUCACAGGAGCAGCUCGACAACAAUGGCAAUGAUGCUGACGCCCUGCUGACGAGUUCCCUGCUGAUGCCGCUGCACCCCAAGCAGGACGAGAGCAUGUGCUCCCCGGGCUCCGAGGAUGACGAGGCCUGCGUCCCUGUCUGUCCCAUCAGCCCCCUGGGCAAGGAGCAGGCCACCCCCAAGAGCCCCCCUUACCAGGCUGCAGCGCCGGAGAGCAGCGACUGGGAAGCAGUGGUUUAUGGGAAGACGGAGGACCAGCUGAUCAUGACGGAGCAGGCCAGGCGCUACCUGAGUGCCUAUCCCACCGGCUGCUCCUCAAGGGCCCUAGUGCUCUGAGAUUCAUGUCCGUCCACACACACACACACACACACACACACACACACACACACACACACACACACACACACUACACUCCCCCACACAAGCAGUCUUCCUCCUCCUCCUCUUCCUCCUUCCAGUAUAAAGGCUGUGGCAGCACUCAGACAAUCUGGUGGAAGAGAAAGGUAACAAGUCUUGGUGUUCACCGAUCUUUACGUGUGCAGAACACCUAACACACACACACACACACACACACACACACAGACUCUCACACACACAUACACACACAUACACACACAUCUCUCUUUAACACAAGCCCGUCCGUCUUCUACAACACUUGGCUUGUUAUCAUCUUUUUUUGUUUGGUUUUGUCUUUUUUAGUUCACAAGAAAAAAAAAAGCUGUUUUGUUAGCCAGACUACAAUUUUGUACAAACAGGUAGUUUUAGACUUACAAAACUAGUAAAUAUAUUUGAUUAAUCCAAUUGUUCCAUAGACUAUAGCAAUAGGUUCUUUGCAGCGAUGGCAUGGGCUGCUCAUAAGUGUGUUGUUCAAAGCAAAAAAGAAGAAAAAAACUUUUAACGCUGUAAUUAUACACACCAAUAUCCUGCUUUUUACAUUAGAAAUAACCCAUGUUUUGAAAGAUGAAUGUAGAGUUGUUGGUGUGAAUUGGUAUGGCCUGGAGAGCACUGUCAGUGUUGCACUACUGAUUUCGAUUUGCGUCGGAGAGGAUCUCAGACGGUGUUUAGAGAUGUAAAAAGGAUAGCACUUGUGACGUGGUGUGACUGUAUCGGUUCAAACAAUUAUGAAGAUGCUGCUUCUGCACCGCGUCCUGCUUUUAAGGAGUCUCCCCUCGAGACGCUGAAUGUAUUGUAAAGCAUGUAACUACAGGAGCGGCAUAAAAAGGAAGGGUACCUUUUUGUUUGGUUGGUUGGUUUUGGUUUGUUUGUUUUUUUGUUUUGUUUUAUGUUUUGUUUUAGUGUGUUUCUUUUUGUUGUUCAAUUUUUUUUAUUUUUUUUAUUUUUAUAUUUAAUUUAUGCUCAGAAAAAAAGCGCACGUUCUACAAAUUGUAUACAUUUUUUAAUGGAGCACCUGGACUAUCCAGUUGCAGAAUCCUAGCUACCUUCGCUGUUGACAUUCAGACCCCUUUAGUUUCUGACUGACAGCCUAAACCCAACCGUCAAACAUGCUGCUCCAGGAAAAUUAAACCAGAGAUCAUGUUCGGUACUCUUUUGUAGUGCGACGACAAAGUCAGGGUGAUAUGUUCCUAAGAAGUUUUUGUAGAUGAGAAGGAUUUCUUGUUCACUUAGGGCUGUAGGUUCUAUUUAUUAAAUGUUUACUAAUUUAUUUAUUUCAAAGUUAUAAAACAUAUCUUAUUAUAUUUUCUUUAUAUCACAAUUUUGACAGAGAAUUGGCUAUCCUCAACUACAUUCUCUAAAUUAUAAUAACACUGCCAUCCAUUCCAUUCCGUCUUUUCUGUUCUGAUUGGACUAAAGGUUAGAUUGUAUCCUCUCCAUAGGUUUUUUCCCCUGGUAUUUCUGACUUUCUGUUCCUUAAAAGCCAGUUUGUUCUCCACAAACACAUCUUUCCAUCUCCAGUCUCUUAAAGUAGGCAAAUUGCACUUUUUUUUUUAAAUCGUUCAGAUGUUUGUUUUGUUCCGUCCGUUCCUUCUGUUUUUUGAAGUUUUUUAAUUUCUUUAUUUUAUUUAAUUUUUUGUUUGAUCGUUUGCGUGAUUUGAUGAUUCGAUGGAUUUGUUGGCCGAAUGUGUCGCAACAUGACGAUGAAAAACACUGACUUGGAAAGUGGCGGGACCCAGACAUAGUCCACGUUUGCAACACUGAAGAGAGUAUCUCAGGCUCUCUCUGUCCUCUUAAUGUGCAGCUUUGAACAAACACAAUGGGAUAGACUGCACAUUUUAACGCAGCCUCGCUGUGGAUGUGUAGAGGCAAGAGAUUGUUUAUGCAUUACAGGCUCACCACAUGGUGUUUUUCUUUUUCUUUUUUUUCUUUUUUUUAACAUAGACUACCAUCACAGGAAUUUCACUAUUUUUUAACAGAUGUUUUUAACUGUCUGCUUUUAAGUGUAAAAAGAAAAAACUAAAAGAGUUCUGGAUUUUAACUGAAACCUAAUAAAUAAGGGGGUUCAUGUGAAAGUAAGGAAAGGAAAUCAUCUGUUUGUUUUUUUUGUUUUUUAUUCUAAAUCUGUUCAACUUGUUCAUUGCGUGGAUGUCUCUCCUGUGUUCUGUGGGUCAGGAAGGAAGAGAUGGUUCUGAUCACCAGAACCUUUAUGAAGGAUCACAUUGAUGUACUUUUUUUUUUAGUAGGCCUCUAUACAAACUCAGUUUAGGUCCUCUGUGCCCCUCUAUGCGUGUAGAUAUUCAGUGUCUCAUUGUUGAAGUGUACUGACGUCAUAUCAGGGGAGAUGCAGAUAAUAGCUAAAUAUGAAUGUUUUUGUUUUUGGUCAGUGUCGUUGACUUUUUUUAAUGUGUGUAUGUGCUUGUGUAUGUUUGUUUUGUUUUAUUAAUUUUAUUUGUGUUGUAGGUCCAAGUUAUUUGCAUACCAUUUCAAUGCCUAACACUCAAAUUCCUAAUCGUAGGUUUUGAGGUAAGUAAGUACAUGUAGCAGUUGUGAUACGCACGAACACAGCAAUACGUUCAUCCUUUCUAAGAAAUGUUCAUUAUUACUCAGUCGUUAUUCAUGCAUUACAUUUUAUUUCCGAUGCAACCAUAUUCUCAGCAAAAGGACUAUAACCUGUUUUCUGGCACAGCACCAUAGGAUUCCUGCCAAUUUUCCGUUUGUAACCCAUGUACGUACAUGUUAUAUGGAACAAUAAACAGUGCUCUGUGCAUUAAAUCAC